AUGAUUUCGAAUUUUAAAUUGCGCCCAUUAAGAGUUUACCAACAAGAACAAGAAAGAAUGGAAAAUCGUCAAGUUUCGUCACAUGCUCCUCAAAAUUCCUCAUCGUCGAGCUCUAGAUUACAAUUACCUUCUAAUGUUCCUUCACUUACAAAUUCUCCGCAAGUUAAUAGUAUUUCAACUGUUAUCAUUCCAUCUAAUAAUCAUCAAACUCUAGUUUCGAAUAAUUCCUCAACAAAUCAAGCUAAUGAAAAUCCAAUUCAAGUAGUUUAUAGUGAAACAAAUCAGCAACAAUUUGAUGAUUCACAAGGAUUGUUGGGUUCUUUUGAUAUUUCCUCAGAUUCUACUAGUGGAAAGAAUGGUCAAUCGAAUAUCAAGUCAUUUGUCAAAGCUGCCUUAUUAAUUUUCCACAUUAUUUGUCAAAUUGUAAUGAGUGGCAUGAUUGGUAUUUCAUUCAUUCUAUACGAUUGGAAAACCAUGAUCAUUUUCACUCCCAAAAUUGUCAUUGGAUUUCUAAUAAUUUUGGCAGUUUACAAAAAGAAGAAUGGUUUCUUACAUUUUCUAUUAGGAAGCAUCCUUUUAGAUUUGAUUUACACCACCAUUUUGGUUGGUCUGAGGUUUUAUGUAACAGCCAGACCUGGACAAGUUACUUUUCUGACACAGGAAUCGAAUAAUGCAUUUACUGAACUUUCUAAGAAUCCAAUAGAGUUAGCACCAAAUCAUGUGCUUGUCCACACUCCAGAAUGGACACACUCAAGUGUUGAAUGGAUUAAGGCAGCUACCCCAAUUCCAGAAUCACCAAAUGAGCACACUGAUAUGCAAGGAACAAGUGCUGCAACUGAAGCUCAAAGGAAAAAGCUUCCUGGCUUGUGGUUUCAAUUCGGAAUUCAAAUUAUGGGCGGAUUUAUUGUUCUCCUGACAAUAAUAUGGACACUCAUAGUUGGUCAACAGUAAAUAACCAUUCAAUAUU